UUACUGCGAGGUACUAGUGGAUGAGAGAGGAGAUGUGCCGCCAAGUACGCACGAUGUUUCAGGAACUUUAAGCUUUCAAAAACAUGAAAGAUACUUUCGAGCCAAGUAAUCGAAUACAUGACUAACAUCAACAGAGCACCUGACAAGCAGCCAGCACAAGAUCUCUAAUUUUGUGAAAAAAAACUCAUCUUACUCCUUGCUGGACUACAGAGGACCCUUUCAGCUCCUGACUGUCUGUGAUAUCCCAUCAUGCCACUACUUGUGUUUCAUACUUCCCAGCUGUUGUGGGUGCGUUUAGCUGCCGUGCUGUUCACCUGCGUGGCGUUCAGUGUUGCAGCACAUGGAGCCAACCUUCCCCAUGGAGGCAUGGCCGACUGGUGCAUUUUCUGCUGGGCAUUCAGCUUCGCCUGCACCCUGCUGGUCCUGCUGGUGGAGCAGUUCGGCCUCCAGGCCCGCAUCCCAGUGUCCUGGACCAACUUCCCCAUCACUAUCGCCUGCUAUGCCGCCCUCCUCUGCCUCUCUGCCUCUAUCAUCUUCCCAGUCUAUUUCAUCAAGGACCAGCAGCUCUACGGUGAGACUCGUGACUAUCGCAUCGUUUCCACCGUCUUCUCCUGCCUGGCUGCGGUAGCCUACAUGGGGGAGGUGAGCUUGUCUAAAGCAAGGCCAGGAGAGGUGACAGGCUACAUGGCUACAGCUCCGGGCCUGUUAAAGGUGUGCCAGACCUUUGUGGCCUGUGUAAUCUUCAUGCUGGUCAGCAACCCUGUGUCAUAUGACUGGCAUGCAGCACUCAAGUGGUGCAUGGCAGUGUACUGCAUCUGCUUCAUCCUCUCCAUGGCUGUGGUGGUGCUGUGUGUAGGCGAGUGCACUGGCUGUCUCCCCAUCCCAUUCUCCAAGUUCCUGUCAGGGUACGCCCUCCUGGCAGUUAUCAUGUACCUGACUGCUACCAUCAUCUGGCCAGUGUUCCAGUUUGGCAAACAGCACCCGGGUAGACGCAACGAUACAAACCUGAUCGCAGUGGCAGUGCUCACUGCGCUCAACUUCCUGCUUUACCUUGCGGACCUGGCCUACACUGCCAGGCUGGUGUUUGUCACUGUGUAAGAAGAACGGGAAUGAAAGAGGGAGACAUAUUGAGUAAUGAAGAACAGAAAAAAGCUAAGAGCUUGAGUGGCUUUUUAUUUCUGACAAAAUACACAUGAAUAUUCCCUUCUGGUGUCUAUUAUACAGCUUAAUGGCCAAAUGAGAUGUCUUGUUGAAACAAGGAAAGCUCAAAAUGCUCGCUUGCAGUAUGUAUGUUAAUUUUUUUUUAAAUGCCUAGAUAUCUGCAAUGACAGUAUUUAACCUCAAAUGUGAGUUUACCUUUAUUAUGUCACGAAAUAUCAGAACAUGAAAUAUUUAACAUGAUGGUGUGACAAAAUCAAAGUAAACAUGUAACGCUGUUAGAGUCCAAUGAAGUCAAAGACACUGGAACACAAGAGAACAGCAGGAGAAACUUAUUUACUGUAUCUAAGACACACAAGAACUCUUCAGUUACUGAUGGGGAAGCUUCAUGUUCAAUACAUGAACACUUUGAUUUCAUCACAACCUAAAACAAAGAUUUCUUCAUUGUCCUUAUUGUCUUCUAUUUUUAAGGUUUUGGGGAAAAAAAAUAUUGUAGUCCUCUUUUGUCUUGAUAAUAAAGUAUCAGUAUUGAACGAUUUGAAAGAAUGUAAGUUGAACAAACAAAGUUUUUAGUUAAACCAAUAAAUAUUUAGUUUGAAAGCACAUGUGAUCUGUGAUUUUCAUAAUGCAGAUAAAAAGACAAUUACAACAUGGCAUCAUUGCUCCAUCUUAUUUGGACCUCCUUUUUUAUUUGCUGACACUGUGCACUGAGAGAUAAGGAUCUCUUAUCCAUCAAAAAGCGCACCAUACAAUAAUAGUAACUACAAGUUUUUCUUUCAAACCUUGUACCUAAAUUAUGCCAAAAUGUACCCUUCAACUACACAUAAAACAGCUUAUUAAUGGUAAACUUUAGAUAUAAUCAAAAUGUGGGAGAUUUGCGUGGUUUGACUUGCUGAAAAUAAUAGAAGCCACAGCAAAAGCAGCAGCAACUGGUUAGUAUUAAAAACAGUCAGGCACAUCUGCUGUAACCACUAUUGUAAAAGAAAGAGAAACUGAUAUGGUUGCCUCUUUUAAAAUCCUCACUGUGAUGUGCUGCAGUAGCAGUGGUUUUUCAGGUAAGGAACAGUCCAUUAAUCUCUAGUCCACAGGGGAGCAGCACAUUUACAAUUAUUUCUUACACACAUAGCAACAUCAUUUUAUAUGUUUCAUGUCUAAACUUCAUAAUGACCCCUUUUACUUCAGAGCUUCAUACAGUUGCUUACCUUUCCUAACCUGAAGCCCGCCCUGUUAACACAU